AAUGCUUUUUCUCAUGUAAAAGAAGAUGGGAAGUGAUACAGUAUCAGCUACAGUUCCCACGCUCCCUCUCUGAGUACCUUCUUCCCUCAUCCUACUCGCUCCAAAGAAAAUCAGAGCCCCAAGAGUCUAGGUAAAGUUUGGGGUGUUGAGCUGCCAGAUAGAGACCCUGCAGGACACUGGCUAUAAAUGGGAACAGCAUCGGCUGUGGCAGUCCCCAACUGGAGGGGGUUGCCCAGUGCUAUUGAGCUUUUCCCACAGUUGUGAGGUGUGGGUCACUUAGAUGGCACCUCAUCAGCUGGCUGGGGCAACAGAGAUCGCCACAGACCCCCCAUUAACCAGGACUCAGCCGAGGCCCUGCAUGCAUGUCUCAUAGGGAUGAGCGUUCAUCCUUUGAGCUCAGCUGGAUCUGCCGGGGCCACACGUCUCUGUCGUGCUUCAGCCUGGGCUUACGCAGCCUUGGCCCUAACCAAGUCUCAGGACCCUGAGGGCACUAAUAGCCCUGAUGGUCCUGACUAGCCUCCCCUGACCCCCUGCCCAUGGGCGCAGGACCCCAUUUCAGCUCAGCCCAGGGCUUUCAGUCCCUACCCCAGUGACUCUGCAGCAGUGGUGCCACGGUCCUGCUCCUGCCUGGCCAUUGGCCCCACCGAUCCCGACCUUGACCCACGGGCUGAGUGCCUGGCCUCAGACUUGCCUCUUCGCCAUGGACUUGCUGGUGAUCUGGGCUCUUGCUUGAACCUGGCCAGUAGCUCUAGGUGUGCCCUGCUCACCCUGCUGGGGGUGAUGGGAUGGGCCCUGAUCAGUGAGGUCCUGUCCUGCCAGCUGGAUUACUCUCCGGCUCCCAGUCUCACAGGGAGCAGCUGGCCUGAGUGGCACCCUGACCCCAAGUCAUGAGUGGUAACAGUGUCCAGCCACGCUGAGUACAGCCUGGGCUGCUCUGACCCACAGCCCCCCACAUCUGGGAACAUAUCCACCACUGCCCAGAGACCGAGAAGUGACCACGGCUUCUGCCAAUGCAGUGACUAACUUUCCCGUGAAAGCUUCACCCAAGGACCCAGGUGUCCCUCAUCCAGCCCAUGCCUCCCUGCUGGUAGCCACACUAGCACGAGGAAGGCAACGACUGCUUUGCAUCGCCCAUCCUUGCCACAGAGACAGUGCUGACUUUGUGCAAAAGCAGAUGUGUGCAAAGCGUUCAGAGCUUUUCCAGGGGCGGGAGACGCUGGCAGACACACAAAAUACCGUUUAGAGCAGCAGAAAGACAGCAAGUUGGAAUGGGGAACUGGAAAAGUAUCUUGCUUUGGACAGACUCCUCCUUGUCUCUCGUAGCAACACUGUUUAUUUCUAGGCGUUGGGUAUGCAGCAUGUUCAGCUCUAUCUCUCCCUCGGCUGGGAGGUGUCAGUGCAAGAGAAGUUGCCUCCGCAGCCUUUUUGCGGGGUGGUCUGCAGCAAGGCACAGGAGCUCGGGCGAGAGCUGGUGGGAGAGACUGUGCCAGAUCCAAGCUCAGCGCUGCUGCCUUCGGCCAGGUUUGUGCUGGACCGGCCUGACCUGCACUGCUGGUUUCUGGAGAUUAGACAGAGGGCUAGGCUGAGCCCUCUUUCGCCUGCAUGUCUGGAAAGUGCUGAGUGAACGCGACCGGUGCUGUGACAGCUUUCUCCUUAAGGGACUUCUCUAUGAAAGAGGAAGUUGUCUUGAAAUAGCUCAGGCACUUCCCUUUUCACUUUGCAGACUUUGAAGCAUGCAGCAGAGACCCUGGCAAGGCGGCUGCUGGAUUACUAGCACUUGCAUGGAGUGACUUCCUGACUGGACAGAGCAGACCUGGUGAUGACUCCUCGAGGACUCUGCUCUGCCCCUUCACUCUGGAGGACGUCUCAGGUGCACGUAUGACUCUCCGAGCUCCCUGGUGCCGGCCCUGAAGAACAGGGAGAACAGGAACUUUGCUGUCUGUGUACAUGGAGAAGCUGCAGGUAGUUUUGAUGUUAUUACUGCUUUGACAUUGAUUCAAGACCCCCAGCUGCUGACUGCACACAUGACCUCCUUGCACACCCAGCAGACAGCUGGUAACUGCUUACUGUUCAAACCAGACAGAGUGAGACACAGGACCCAAGGCCAUGCCCGACUGGAAUGAGAGGGAGCUGCUGACUUGCCCUGCUGUCCGAGACACCCCGCGACCGCUGCACCUGUCCCCUGCUACAGCCCUGACCCAGCCAUGGAGAGCACAGAGGUGGAGUCGGAUAUCCUGCGCCGUGUGCGUACCCUGCUGCGAGAACUGGACGGACACCACCCGGCCUUCCAGUGUGACCGAGGGAUGCUGCGAUGGACCUUGCAUAAAAAGAUUGAUCAGAAUCCCAGCAACAGCUCCAUCCUGGUUAGAAUCCUGGUGAAAGAGCUAGAAAGGGCUGAAAGAGGUGACUACAGACAUUACAUCAUCCCCUUGCUGCAUACUCUGAUGUACGCACUGAUAAAGGCUCCCUGCAUCCCCGAAGAUCUCUGCAGCAGAGUGUAUGAUUUCUGUAAGAAAUUGCUCACCCUGCCCAAACCUUUCUGCACCAUUGGUUUGGACUAUGCUGUCAGGCUGAAAAUGGAAAGGACAACCCCAGGUAUGUUGUACCAAAGAAUGGUGAUUUCCGAACAAAGUCUUAAAAGCGACCCAUACCCUUAUCAGGAAAAGGUUUUCAUCUUUGCAGAUCCAGAGCUGCUCUCCGAAGCCAUCUGCAACGCACUGGUCACUGACAUGGAGGCUGCUCGGGUUUUCCAGAGCCCGCAGGUGUGCAUGUCUUACGUGAUCAUCCACGCCAUGCAGGCCGUCCUGGGUGAGGGCUGUGACGUCAAUGGCUUGAAGGGGAGCCUGCAGGACAUGCCCACGAGCGACAUAGAGCACUGGUUCCGGCAAGUGGUGGCGGCAGUUGAAUGUACAGGAAAGGAAGGGAGUGCAGACCGCAGCCAGCACGUGGCGAGGUUGGAGGAGAUUUACCACGCCAUUCUCGGCGCUGUGCCAGCAGAUGAUGCUCCCUUGGGCAAGCUCCAGGGUAUCCCUCUGCCCAAUCCCAACAUCAGCUUUCAUCUCUGGACAGAAGACGACCAGCUCUGGAAGGAAUUGGUGCUGUUCAUCCGCCCACCGUCGCAGAGCUGCGAGUCGGAUGCGCUGAGCCAGGACCUGGACAACUUUGAGAUCCAGGACAUCAUUUCAGAUUGCGAGUGCUGCAAGCAGACUCGCUUCUCUGUGCUCUCCACCGACAGUGGCAUCGAGCGGGAUCUGCCUGCAGCUGCUGAGGAGUCCAUAGCCCCUUGCAGCACCGAGACAGAGCAAUCUCGGCUCCAGAGGAAGGGUGGCAUCAAGAAAAAGUCAACCCUGCUGGAGAGCGUGGCCUUCCUGCAGGCUGGCUGCAACAGUCCUGGGGUGAAGCAGGUGAUGAAGCCGCAGAGGAGGCCAGGCAUCACCCCAGAACCUGCAGCCCCACUGCAGAGACUGCACACUGCCCGCAUCGUGCUGCUGGGGGAUGACAGGAUCCUGGGGCGCUUGGCCCAAGCAUAUCACUCACUGAGGAAACGAGAAACACGACGAGUUUUCCUGACUCCAAGGCUGAAUCUGCAGUUCUACUACAUCCCGGUUGUGAUGGGGCAACCAAAUACAUUGGCUGUUGCGAACUGCCCUGCUACUGGCCGUGAGGAGCUCUGCGAAGUGGCUGGGUACCUGGGCAGAGCCGACCCGUGGUACGAGAGCAACAUCAACACGCUGUGCCACAUGAUUCCUAAACUGGCCACCAUGCCUUCCUCUCCGAGUAAGCAUCUUGUGACUGAUCUGUUCCUCACUGAUGUGAUUGCAUACUAUGUCCGCAUGGGCAUCCAGCCCGUCUGCUUCCAGGUCUAUGCAGUGAAGAUUUUCUUCAAUGACCCAGCGCAGGAGCCAGCUGAGGACGUGUUCCUCACAGAGCUGCGCACCAGCAUGCAGGAUAGCAUCUCCCAGAGAGAAUUAGCCAUGUCCAAGAAGAAAACAACAUUGGAUGGCCCUGGCAUAGAUCUCACAGUAAUGUACAGAAAGGUGGUGGUGAGUGAUCGGGCAAAGGAGGUGGCAAUCUCCCUGCGCUCCACAGGACUGGUGAUGAAAGCCAUCCCUGCUGAUGAGGCUGAAGAUCUGCUGUGCCUGAAUGUGAACAUCACUGAAAUCAUCAAGAGCAACAACUUGUCAGGGAGGUCGUUCUCAGCUGCGGCAAACAGGUUGAAAACAGACAAUAUCAAAAUCAGGAGCACAGAGCAGAGGCCUUUCAUGCUGUGUCUGGACAAGGACAGCAGAAGAGCUUAUAGGAACGUGAUCAGCGUGGAAGCGUCUCCUUGCCUAGAGCCAAGCUACUGCUUGCAAAAGACAAGGACAAUGAAAUCCAACUUGCACGAAGCAGAGGAUGUGGGGCUUGUGAAAUACAUGCCCAAGUCUCUGCUAUUGCCCAUCAACACGUUUGCAGGCAUCAUCCAGUGAAGAAGUUAAGAAAAAGCAGAUGUGAGAGGAUGUGACACUGGGUCAUCAUAGAAGAAAUGGGAAAAGAAAACACACUAAAAGUCACUGACAGUGAUUUUACAAUGGUAAUGCUACUUCUAAAGCUGCAACAGUGGAGAUGGAUAGAGCUCAAGGAAAGGAAGCCAUGCUCUGGUGAAUGACAGUGAUGACUGCAGCUAACAUUCCCCUGCCAAGGGGCACGGUGUUGCUGAAGAACCAGCAAUUUUAACCUUUGGUGCAAGCUAGGAAAAACCUUUGAAAGUCUUCAUUUCAAGUGAAGGACUGGGGAAAACAUGGCUGAGGUGAUGGCUACUUGCUAUGGUUGUGGAACAAGGAGCAGGUUCUAUCAAUAAUAUUUAUUAUGGUGGUGUCUCCUAGCCCGAUAGGGGUCAGGGCCCUCUAGUUCCAGCAGAGCGAUAUAUUUGGGCAAAUUAGCGAUUAUUCCCUUGAUGUUGAUUGAAGAGACCACGUUACAAGCCUGACCACAGCUAAGAGAGUGUGUGUGUCCAAUGCAGCUUCUAUGGAAGUCAGUGGAAAACCCGCUGUUGUUUCAGGGGGCCACACAAAGUAACGACGGACGGUGCGAAACAGGGACGUGGGAAAUUUGGUGCAAUAUUUUGCAGUAAUGAACAGGACAAGAACAGCUCAGGCUGUGUAGGUAGUGCUGCAGAAUAUGCUCUUCACCUGCUGCUUGGUUGUGAAUGGCAGUAGGUUUACUCUAAGAACUUGGCCUUCUCUGAGCAGACAGAGGAGGUUGCGCAACAGGUCUUUGACUUCUGAGCUAUACUUCUGACAUCCCCUUGGGGCCUCGCUGUGGCUUCACUAAAUGACCUCUCAGUGUCUGGUCUGGAGAGUGUGCUGUAUCACUGAGCUUGGCCCGGUUUUCGCCACAUCGAGUUGCAUUCCUCCAGGUGUACAACCUUGCAGUCCUACCAGCAGUAGACCUCCUUCAUGAAGUCAACCAGUGGUAUCUCUGCCAUCCCAGUCUACCUUGCAGUCCUGCUUUGGACUAUAUCCACCACAUGGGUAAAAGAUGUAGAAGAGCAGAGUAGUGCCUAUGGGAUCGGUGGAGGAGUAGGAUACCUGGAACAUUUCUCCAUUUCUUUGCUGCUAUCAUGGUAUAGAAACCCUCCCCUGGUUUGCAGAUGAGCCAGGUUGGGCAAUGACAGCACAACUCCUGCUUCCACCCAGGCUCAAGCCAACUUACUUAACAGGAUGAUCGUGGGAGCAAUGACUGCAGGAGGCUCCUCUCUUCAUUCCAGUUUGUUGCAGACUGAAGCGAUGGAAGAAACACAAUGUGUAUUUUACUUUCUGAAUCUGAUCUGUGGUAACCAGGGUGUAUCCAGGGAGUUCUCCCUAAAUUCCCAGUGGAGAAGAUUUGGGGGCAUUCCUUCUAUGACACUAUCUUUUUUCAUUUUCUUGGAUCCCAAGUGGCCCCUUGACUGGGUGACCCUCAGUCAGGGGUGCCUACUCAGAUCAGCUACCUGAAUAAAGUCUCCUUUAGCUCUGUAUAUGUGCACAGUGGCUAUUCCCAGUCUUCUCCUGCUGCAAUCUCUAGGGAGUUCCUGGGGCCAGCUCUGCACUAUAAGGUGAUGCUGGCCCAGCUGCAGUUGCACUGGCAAACCCCUAGGUCAGCCCUGAUGGCUUGUGUCAGCUGGAGAAACGCUGCUGCACUGGGAUGAAGCUCAGAUUUUCUGCCACAGCUCUGGCCGUGGCAGGACAUGGGUGAGCUCAGCUAGGAGUCAUGGCUCUAGUUUAAGGUUAUGGUCACCGAAAAGACAGGUGCCUCCUGAGGACAGCUCAAUCCCUCCUCAGAAAGCUGCUGAAGCAAUGAAUCAACCUUGACCUGCUCCCUGAAUUGCACCCAAUACACACAGUGAGAGGGGCAG